AAUGGGGAUCUCCACGGUCAUCUUCCAAAUAUGUCUUUUACUGGGUCCAGUUCUAUCUACAGAAAGCUCAGUGACAGAUUCAAUCAUAGAAGCCACUUCUGAAGAGACACAGACACCAGUUUCCCAAUCAGAUCUUCUCACAACACCUGGUCUGUGGAACCCCUUGACUACAGACUAUGGUUUGCCUCUGAGGCUGGUGAGCGGAGGUGACCGGUGUCAGGGCCGCGUGGAGGUCCUGUACCAAGGCUACUGGGGCACCGUGUGUGACGAUGACUGGGACACCCAGGAUGCAGAUGUUGUCUGUCGGCAGCUCGGCUGUGGCCUUGCGGUGUUGGCCCCGGGCGGGGCCUACUUUGGUCAGGGCUCGGGGAACAUUCUCUUGGGCUCCGUAUACUGCUCAGGAUGGGAGCCCUACCUGUCGAGCUGCUCCCACAGCGGGUGGUACAACCAUGAAUGUGGCCACAGGGAAGACGCUGGAGUUGUGUGCUCAGCUUCUUUGUCUCCCACGGAGGCACCCCUGGCAACAGCUGCGGUAGAAGAUAGCACUACAGAGGAUACUGGGACUACUGGUGCAAUAGCUACUCACACCCAGUCCACAAGCCAGCCAGGCACCUGGCUCCCCAACUCCGCACCUGUAACACCAAAUAUAGGGAGUGAGGCAGGUUUGGCCCUGAGGCUGGUGAAUGGAGGUGACCGGUGUCAGGGCCGCGUGGAGGUCCUGUACCGAGGCUCCUGGGGCACCGUGUGUGACGACGACUGGGACACCAAUGACGCCAACGUGGUGUGCAGGCAACUGGGCUGUGGCUGGGCCGUGUCGGCCCCGGGAAGUGCCCGCUUUGGUCAGGGCUCAGGGCCCAUUGUCCUGGACAACGUGCGCUGCUCCGGGCAUGAGUCCAACCUGUGGCGCUGCCCCCACAACGGCUGGAACUCGCACAACUGUGUCCAUAGUGAGGACGCCAGUGUCAUCUGCUCAGCUGCCCUGUCUCAGCCGACGACCACACCAGAUUGGUGGUAUACAAGUCCUUCCUACAGGAAUGAAUCAGGUUUGGCCCUGAGGCUGGUGAAUGGAGGUGACCGGUGUCAGGGCCGCGUGGAGGUCCUGUACCGAGGCUCCUGGGGCACCGUGUGUGACGACGACUGGGACACCAAUGACGCCAACGUGGUGUGCAGUCAGCUGGGCUGUGGCUGGGCCGUGUCGGCCCCGGGAAGUGCCCGCUUUGGUCAGGGCUCAGGGCCCAUUGUCCUGGACAACGUGCGCUGCUCCGGGCAAGAGUCCUACCUGUGGCGCUGCCCCCACAACGGCUGGAACUCGCACAACUGUGGCCACGGGGAGGAUGCCGGUGUCAUCUGCUUAGCCUCCCAGAGCACCUCUACUACCCCAGAUUGGUGGUACCCACAUACUACGACCACUGGGAGACCCUCUUCAAAUUGUGGUGGCUUCUUAUUCAAUGCCAGUGGGACAUUUUUCAGCCCAUCUUACCCUGGAUACUACCCCAACAAUGCUUACUGUGUCUGGGAAAUAGAAGUGAACCCCGGCUAUCGCAUAAAUCUGGGAUUCAACAGUCUGCAGCUGGAGGUGAACAGCAAUUGCAGUUUCGAUUAUGUCGAAAUCUCUGAUGGACCGCUGAACAGCAGUAACUUGCUGGGGAAGAUUUGUAAUGGCACCAGGCAAAUAUUCACCUCUUCUUACAACCGAAUGACCGUUCGAUUUCGAAGUGACAUCAGUAUCCAAAGCACUGGCUUUUCUGCUUGGUAUAACUCCUUUCCUCGAGAUGCCAGCCUGAGAUUAGUCAGUUCAAAUUCCUCCUACGGUGCCUGUGCCGGGCGUGUGGAAAUUUACCACAAUGGCAUAUGGGGGACGGUUUGUGAUGACUCCUGGGACAUUCAGGAUGCCCAAGUGGUCUGCAGACAGCUGCGGUGUGGAUAUGCAGUGUCAGCUCUGGGAAAUGCUCAUUUUGGGCCCGGCUCUGGUCCCAUCACCCUGGACGAUGUGGUGUGCUCCGGGACAGAAUCUACUCUCUGGCAGUGCCGGAACCGAGGCUGGUUCUCCCAUGACUGUGCCCACCGGGAAGAUGCCGGAGUCAUUUGCUCAGGAAGCUACCCAACAACACAGGCUCCCGUUUACAACGUCACCUACCCGAACACAAAUUACUCCUGUGGAGGCUUCCUGUCCCAACCAUCAGGGCACUUUUCCAGCCCGUUCUAUCCUGGGAACUAUCCAAACAAUGCCAAAUGCCUGUGGGACAUCGAGGUCCGAAACAACUACCGUGUGACUGUUGUCUUCAGAGAUGUCCAGCUUGAAGGAGGCUGUAACUACGACUAUAUCGAAGUGUUUGACGGCCCCUCCCACAGCUCCCCUCUGAUUGCCCGCGUUUGUGAUGGAGCCAGGGGCUCCUUCACUUCAUCAUCGAACUUCAUGUCCAUUCGCUUCGUCAGCGAUGGCAGCAUCACAAAGAGGGGCUUCCAGGUCGACUACUAUUCCCGUCCUUCCAAUGACAGCACCCAGCUGCUUUGUCUGCCAAAUCACAUGCAAGCCAGCGUGAGCAGGAGCUACCUCCAAUCCUUGGGCUACUCUGCCCGGGACCUUUUCAUUCCCAGCUGGAAUGAAAGCUACCGGUGUCAGCCCCAGAUAACGGCCAGCCAGGUGACAUUCACAAUUCCAUACUCAGGCUGUGGCACCAUCAAGCAGGCCAAUAAUGAUACCAUCAUCUAUUCCAACUUCCUCGAAGCAGCUGCUUCAAAUGCCAUCAUCAAGAGGCAUAAGGACUUCCGCAUUCAUAUCAGCUGCAGGAUGCUCCAGAACACCUGGAUUGACACCAUGUACAUUGCUAAUGACACCGUCGACAUCAAGGAAGUGCAGUAUAGCAGUUUCAACGUGAACCUUUCCUUUUAUACAUCAUCUUCAUUUUUGUAUCCUGUGACCAGCAGUCCGUACUAUGUGGACCUGAACCAGAACUUGUACCUUCAAGCUGAGAUCCUCCAUUCUGAUGCCUCCUUGGCCUUGUUUGUGGAUACCUGUGUGGCGUCCCCAUAUUCCAAUGACUUUACAUCUUUGACUUACGAUCUUAUCCGGAGUGGGUGUGCCAAGGACAGAACCUACCAGUCUUACUCUCCGCCCUCGCCUCGCAUUGCCCGCUUCAAAUUCAGUUCCUUCUACUUCCUGAAGCGCUUCCCCUCCGUGUACCUGCGGUGUAAAGUGGUGGUGUGCCGGGCGGACGACUACUUCUCCCGCUGCCGCAGAGGCUGCAUCGUGAGGUCCAAGAGGGACGUGGGCUCCUACCAGGAGAAGGUGGACAUCGUCCUGGGACCCAUUCAGCUGCAGGCCCCGCAGGCUGUGAAGAGGAGCCUGGCCAGGUGGCCGCCCUCCCGCCCCUAGGCCUGUGGCCCGCGCGGACCCGGGAUGAUUCUGUCGGUGUCGUGGUCCACCUCAAAUCGGGCACACCCACCGUGUGCCAGGCCUGCCGUGCCACACCGGGUGAUGCAGAGUUCACUAGAUCUGCUUCCCGCCUUCUUCCAUGGGCUCCCGGUCUACAGGGGACCGUGUGUAGUGCUUGGGCAAGAGAGUUCUCCCCCGUGACACCGAUACCUUUGUCCUCUGGGAUCUGAACUCCCAGAACCUCAUACUCCUCAUCUGUAACACAAAAAUGUUAACACUUCCCUAUUAGGACUGUUGAGGAGCUACAAUAAAAUAAUGUUAAACUGC